AUGCUACGAACCAGACCAAAUGCAGCUGUGGCUGCUUCGAAUAAUAAUGCUCGCCGAUCGUCCUUGGAAGUCGGUUCCGGAGCUGAAACUAACAAUGAUAAGACUACUAGUACUAGUACUGGAAAGAAAGAAUUUCGGUUUCCUCGACAACAACGGCGACGAAAACGUACCUCCAAACGACUAAUGUCAUCCUUGCAACGUGGACUCCACCGAAGACUGCGGCAUUACUUGAACAAGCAUCCACAAAAGGCUUUGCCUUUUGCCAUUGUAUGUACGGGUGUGGCCAUUUUAGUCUUGUUUGCACUCUUUGAACUAUUCCAAGUGGUAGGGAUGACGAAACCAUCCUCCAAAUCCACAAUAUUACGCCCAACCAUUUCCAAUGACUUUGAGAUUGUCUUUCCCAAACAACAACCAGAACAACAUCAUUGGAGGAUGCACAAAAAUGGAAUCCAAAUGCCAAUUCCAUGGAGAGACGAAGACUAUUUUGAAAAUGACAAGGAAGAUAAUCCAUAUAUUGAUUAUGGUGGCCUCGAAAUGGACUUUUUUGCCGAAGACAGUGCCAGGCGGAAUAUUUGGUACGAUUUCCAAUUGGAGGACGGCUUUCAAUACUUCAGUCCACUCAAACAAAACGACGAGGACCAGGACGAGGAAAUGGAGGAUCUUGCUUACUUUGCCUUUGACGACGACUUUAAGCGUGACGAGUAUGGCAAGGACACGGAGUACGACUAUCAAUGUCGUAGAACGCACCAACACCGUUUGAACUUUCCGACCUGCAAUGUCUACCACGAAAUUGAUUUUAUCCAAUCGCAAGGAACCUAUCUAAAUGCUGGAGCUUAUCGACAGGUCAUGGUCGGAAAACAUGACAAUGUAGACAAACAAGAGCGAAUCAUCUUUAAAGAUAUUCAUUUCGACUUUGAGGCUACGGAAGAAAACUAUGAAUUUGUUCGAAUGGACGCCAUUGUGGCGGAACGACUCACCGCCAGUCCUCGAAUUUAUGAUAUUUACGGCUUUUGUGGAUUGGGAAUCCUUUCGGAAUUCUUCCCACACGGAGAUUUGGAAGCCGAAAUUGUACCCAACGAGGAUGCCUCCGUCGACGAGGGAUAUGAUCCACAGAAUGUGCUCUCUCCGCUAGAAAAACUCCUAAUGGCCAAGCAAAUGGCAGAUGCCGUUGCUGAUUUGCACGGACAUGCUGGUGGAAUCAUUGUUCACCAAGAUAUCCAACUAUCGCAAUUCCUAUGGAAUGCCGACAAGACCAUGGUGAAACUGAAUGACUUUAAUCGAGCCGAGUUUGUCCUCUUUGAUGACCACAAGAAUAAAUAUUGUGGCUAUUGGGAAGGUGUGGGAUCUGGAAGUUGGCGGGCUGCGGAAGAAUAUGCCGACAGAGCUCUUACAGAGAAGGUUGAUGUGUUUAGUUUGGGCAACAAUUUUUUCUCCAUUUUGACAGGUGUCGAUCCAUUCAAUGAGAAAGAAACUCCUGAAAUCCAGAAACUUGUCCAGAAAGGAGUCAAAGCACCGCUGAGCGAGGCAUUUCGAACUCAUUCAUUCGCGGAGAAGCGGCUGGCCCACCUAAUUGACCACUGUCACGAACAUAAACCAGCGGAUCGGCCAACCAUAUUUGAGAUUGUUGAAUACCUUGAGGCAUCAAUACGCGACGCUAUGAGUAAGGGCGAAACUUAG